AUGGCUCCUGGAUCAGAACACAGCAAAUUUCCCAACUGGCCUACUUCUUGCCGUUCUGCUGUCACUGCCCUGGUGCUGGCCACUAGCAGCUCUGGCCUGGGCAGUGUCCCAGCCUCUUCCCUGUCUCCAGUCUCCAUCUUGCUGCGGCAGCCCAGUCUCUCCCCCAAUGUAUUUAUAUCUUCCCUUUCCUCCUUGGCACCUUCUUUUUCCAGCCUCUUGGAUCUGUCGAAGCCCGACGCCAGGGAAGUAGAAGCCAUCUGCAAUGGAUCAAAGGGCUUCACCUGCUUCUACUUGGUGGGCAUCCCCUCUCUGCCUGAAUCCCUCUUCCUCCUUGUCUUUGUCAUUUUCCUCUUAAUCUACCUGCUCAUCCUGGUGGGAAAUGCCCUGAUCCUGGUGGCCGUGGUGAUAGAGCCCAGCCUUCACAAGCCCAUGUACUUCUUCUUGAUCAACCUCUCAGCCCUGGACAUCCUCUUUACCACAACCACUGUCCCCAAGAUGCUGUCCUUAUUCUUGCGUGGGGAUCGCUACCUCAGCUUCUCUGCCUGCUUCCUGCAGAUGUACCUCUUCCACAGCUUCUCCUGCUCUGAAGCCUUCAUCCUGGUGGCCAUGGCCUAUGACUGCUAUGUGGCUAUCUGCCGCCCGCUGCAUUACCCUGUGCUCAUGACCCCGCAGACCAAUGCUGCCCUGGCAGCCAGUGCCUGGCUCACUGCGCUCCUUCUGCCCAUCCCAGCAGUGGUGCAGACCUCCCACGUGACUUUUGAAAACAUUGUUCACACCUAUCGCUGCUUCUGUGACCACUUAGCUGUGGUCCAGGCCUCCUGCUCUGACACCACCCCCCAGACCAUCAUGGGCUUCUGCAUCACCAUGGUGGUGUCCUUCCUGCCCCUUCUCCUGGUGCUUCUCUCCUAUGCCCACAUCCUGGCCUCAGUGCUUCACAUCGGCUCCCGAGAAGGAUGCUCCAAAGCCUUCUCCACCUGCAGCUCCCACCUCCUGGUGGUUGGCACCUACUACUCAUCCAUUGCCAUAGCCUACGUGGCCUACAGGGCUGACGUGCCCCUCGACUUCCACAUCGUGGGCAACGUGGUGUUUGCUAUUCUCACACCUGUCCUCAACCCUCUCAUCUACAUGCUGAGGAACAAGGAUGUCAAGACAGCCAUCACCAAAAUGGCAUGUCCCCAGAACCUAGGGAAUUCCAGGGCCCUUGAUCCUUAGUUACAACUAAUUCAGCUCCCUGGGCACAAAUGACAGUGCCCAGUACAGAAUAAACACAAUAAACAUUUUUAAAUGAGUUAUAGCAAUCCAAAUUGACUUCAUUUGGUUGAUCAGACACCUAAAACCUGGUCUUCAAAUAAUAAGACUUCAAGAAGUCUUCCCACUGGUGCUACAGAAUAAUUGAUUUUCACAAUUUCCCCCAGUCAUUAACAUGAUGAAUAAAAUUUGAUCAUUCAGUGAUUCAUAUUAAAAAUCUUUACUUGAUCUGCACAGAAAUAAACCAGACCUAUUUGCUGCGCCCAUGGUAUUUAUAGUUUAACUGGAGAGUCAGACCCAAAGAAAUACUAUAAGGCAAUAUGACCUAGAGAAGCAACAGGGCAGGGGACUGAGGGAGCCAAGAAGUUACCAUUUGCUUCAAUGUUAAAAUUUUCCUGUAAGUUCUUCUAUUUUUGGCAUUGAUAUCACUUAUUUGUUAGCAAAUAUUCAUGAAUCAGCAAUCCAGUUGGGGGAGAGGCUUGAAAAGAUUGCAUAAGAAAACCACUAGCUUCUCCAGGCAGGGAGCAGUAACAGGGUCUGUGUUCUUGUCCAAUGGAAUGGAUCCAUUUUCAGCUUGGAUGUCCAUUAAAAAGUGAUGCUUUCUGCCAAGAACUGGCGGGUGGAACUUAGAGUGGCUCCACUCAUCAUUACCCUCAGUGACCCAAGAGGGGAAAUUUGUGUUUCCAGUCCUGAUGACUCUGGCCCCUGUGGAUUAAGCAGUCCUGAUUCAACUGGAGACAUAAUCAGUUCAGUUCAGUUCAGUAACUCAGUCGUGUCCAACUCUUUGCGACCCCAUGAACCUCAGCACGCCAGCCCUCCCUGUCCAUCACCAUCUCCUGGA